AUGACCAGUGCGCAGGAAAAGGGGCCUGUCCUUGUGACGGGUGGUUCUGGCUUCGUCGCCCUCGAGCUUCUGUCGCAGCUGCUGUCCAGGGGCUACACCGUCCACGCGACCGUACGAAGCCUCCAGAAUCACGCCAAGGUCCAGCCUCUUCGCGACCUGCGGGAUGCCCACGGCGAAGGACAGCUGCUGCUCUUCGAGGCCGACCUGCUCCAGCCAGACUCCUUCCGUCCCGCCAUGCAGGGCUGCCACGUCGUCUACCACGUUGCCUCGCCCUUCAAGAUGGCCGAGAAGAUCAACGAUGGGCAGAAGGAGAUGAUCGAGCCUGCCCUCCAUGGCACUAGGAAUGUCCUCAAGACAGUGCAAGAGACGCCUACCGUCACCAGGGUCGUCCUGACCUCCUCGAUUGGGGCCAUUGCGGGUGACUACCGAGAUGUACCCGACAAGAUGGACGACCAGGUGCUCAGCGAGAGGUACUUCAACGAGACCAGCUCCGCCAAACACAAUCCCUACCAUCAAUCCAAGGUCCUAGCCGAGAAGGAGGCCUGGAGGCUGUUCGAAGCCCAGGAACACCGGCGGUGGGACCUCGUCGCCCUCUGCGUCGGCCUGGUGCUUGGACCGACCAGGACAUCCGCCUCCGAGUCCGGCAGCCUCUUCCUCAUGGGUGAACUCCUGGCAGGCUGGAUGUUCUACGGGGUGCCUGACCUGUGUUUUCUGCCCGUCGAUAUCCGCGAUGUUGCUACCGCCCAUAUCAAGGCAGCCGAGGUGGACGAUGCAGCGGGUCGCUAUCUCAUCAGCCCGCCCCAGUCGACCUCCUUUUUGACCAUCUCGAAGCAUUUCAAGAAGCUGAGGAACGGCUCGAUCUGGCUGCCCGCCCACCAGAUCCCUUCAGUCGUCACCAGGAUCGUCGGGCCGCUGUUCGGGCUAACCCAGCUAUGGAUGUCUCGCAAUCUCGGGAUACAUCUCAGAGCCGACAAUAGUAGAAGCGUCAGCGAGCUGGGCAUGACCUAUCGGUCACUUGAACAGACCCUUAACGACCAUUACACAUCGUGGGAGGAGAAUAGAAAGCGUGGGAGCCCAUAA